AUGGUGACCAGAGGAUUGUCUCUCGCCGCUUUGGCUGGCGCUGCUUUGGCCCAGACUUCGGCAGAUCUAGUGACAGUUCUCAACGCCACUAAUGGAACUUCCACCAUCAGUCAGGUGGUGGCAGAAGUCCCAGGCUUUCUGGAAGCUAUAUCUGGGAAGACAAACCUGACCUUCCUCGCCCCAAACGAUACCGCUAUUGCCGAGCUGUUGAGCACUCCGGCCGGACAGGCGAUGGAGGACGCCGGCGAUGACUACCUCCUAAAUCUACUCCUCUACCAUGUCAUUAAUGGAGGAUACAGCAACAUCACCCAUUACGAUAUCGCGCCCACCCUGUUGACCUCCAGCAAUUACACCAAUGUGACCGGGGGACAAGAUGUUGGUAUUUACUACGAUGACGACGAGAAUGUGGUUGGCUUCUAUGGUGGAUUGGACUACAAUCCCGAAGGACCAGCGACGCCAAUCCCGUUCGCUCAAGGAUGGAUCUAUGUGAUCGACGGCGUCUUGCAGAUUCCCCCAAGCCUCUCGGAGACGGUGACAGCGGGCGACUUCAACGGCAGUUCCUUCGCGGCAGCCCUGAACAAAACCGGUCUGACUGAACAAAUGGAUCUGCUCCGCGAUGCGACAUAUAUCGUUCCUGACAACGAUGGUUUCGCGGCUGUCGACGAAGCUCUCUCAGAGUUGAGCACCGCGCAACUGGCCGAAGUGCUCCAAUACCAUGUCGUGGCCGGCAGAGUUUGGCACUUUGACGACUUCGAAAACGGGACGCAGUUGACCACGUUGCAAGGCCAGUCUUUGACCGUCUCCGUCACCCCAGCAGGAGAUUACUUCAUCAACAAUGCUGGCAUCAACUAUGUCGACCUCGCCGUUUCUGAAGGCGUCGUCAUUUUCGUGGACAAUGUCCUGAAUCCUAAUGCCUCGUGGACCCCGCCCGUCCAUGGUCCCGAAGACGGGGUACCUGCGUGGCCGGUCUCGAACACCGCCUCAAGCACGGCAUCGGCCAGCAGCACGCUUGCCACUGCCACCUACACCGGUCUGGCUGCGGCCCCAUUGAAGACUGGGGCGGUGGGCGCCGCGGCCCUGUUCGGCGGCGCUGCACUGGCCCUCGCUUUGUAG